CACACACAAAAAUACCAAUAAAAGACAUAAAAACACGAGAAAUACGAAAAAAUGCACGAACAGAUCCUAAGAUGAGACAGACCCUCAGGUCAGCAGCACAAGAUGGCGGGAGGUAGGAGCUGACUGCGUACCAGCUGUCCUCGAUCACAUUCACUGUUGAACUACUGACCUUUACAUAGAAGAGGAAGAGGAAGAAGAGGAGGAGAAGGAGGAGGAGGAAGAAGAUGGAAGAGGAACAAGAAUUGACAAAAAUGGAAGUAAUGAAAGAAAAUGGAUUGGCCCAAGAAGAGGAAGAAGAUGAAAAACCACAGCAACCACCCUCAACACCACCACCUGAACAGAACAGCACACACACACACGAACCUACACAUUUGCCCACAAUAGAUUUUGUUCUCGUCUAUAAACCCAGUACUGCCAUUACUACAACCACUACCACUACUACUGACACUACCACUGUUGCUACUCUGGACAGAGAUGAAGAAAAACAUGAAAUUUGGAGGAAAAAUUUUGAGAGUGAACUAAAAACUGAAGGAUUAAUUUUGGAAGAAGAUUCUGUUGAUGAACUGCCACUAAGGUUUGUUAAGAUCCAUGCACCUUUUGAAGUUUGCAGAAGAUAUGCAGAAAUUUUGAAACUUCGAAUGCCUAUGCGAGAGUGUGAUGAAGAAUUAAGAUUAUCAUUUAUUGAAAGAGCUGGAGCAAUAUUUAAUGAACUGUUUCCAGGACUUCCAGCACUUGAGUUCACCCCGCCAGCAGUUUUUCAGGAAAUGACAGACUGUGUGAGUCGGGUGUUCAACUUUGUGCGUUUGGAUCCAUCUGUAUUCCCACCGAGAAACAGGAACUUCACAGCUGUGUAUGCCAGGGAUAAGGACUAUCUGUUUGAUGUGACACCUGCAUUCUUCCGUCCAUCUGUGCGAGCGAGAAUCAUCGACUUCAUCCUCCGCCGAAAGAGAUUUGGCGGCAGGGAAGAAGAGGAGAAGGAGGAGGAGGAUGCAAAGGCAGGAGGAAGAGGAGGAGAAGAGGGGAGAGCAAUACAUGGAACUGAAGCAGAAACAUUCAACUUUGGAAUCGAGAAGUUAUUGGCAGAAGGAGCUUAUCUUGCAGCUUAUCCUUUGCAUGAUGGUGACCUGCACACCAACACAACCACCACCACCGCAAGUACAAACCAGAGGGCACUUCUGCGCGAGAAUUGGGCCAGCCUGAAAAAAUUCUACAAAUACCAGCCACUAGAUCACAUCAAGGACUAUUUCGGGGUCAAGAUUGGACUGUACUUUGCCUGGUUGGGUUUUUACACCUACAUGCUGAUCCCUGCCUCAAUAGUAGGGAUAUUCUGCUUCAUCUAUGCACUUGGGACGAUUUCUGAGCAUGCGCCAAGUAAUGACAUCUGCCACCCACACAAUAAUCUGACAACCAUGUGCCCACUCUGCGAUAAAUUCUGUGAUUUCUGGGACUUGCGAGAGACGUGUUUUCAUGCCAAGUUCACUUAUCUCGUGGACAACCCAUCUACCAUCUUCUUCACUGCCUUCAUGUCACUGUGGGCCGCGCUCUUUCUGGAAAUGUGGAAGCGGUAUUCAGCAGAAAUCUCACACCGUUGGGACCUGACAGGCUUCGAUAUACAGGAGGAGCACCCCAGGCCACAGUACUUAGCCCGCCUGGCACACAUCAAGAAGAAGACUGUCAACAUUGUCACGAAGACCGUCGAGCCACGUCCGCCCUUUUGGAGAAUGCGCUUUCCUGGCGUCAUUCUCUCCCUAUCCACUGUGUUCCUACUGGUGACGAUGGCACUGGCAGCUGUACUGGGAGUCAUUUUGUACCGUAUGUCAGUGUUGGCAGCACUCAGCAUUCAUGGGGAGAGUGUGCUCACCUCCUAUGCGCUCAUAUUCACCUCAACCACUGCUGCCUGCAUCAAUCUGGUGUGCAUUAUGAUCUUCAACCAGCUGUACGCGCGGUUGGCAGAGCGUCUAACAGAACUUGAACUGCAGAGAACACAGACAGAAUUUGAUGACAGCUUGACUCUGAAGAUCUAUUUGCUACAGUUCAUCAAUUACUACUCUUCUAUAUUCUACAUUGCGUUCUUCAAGGGCAAGUUAAUAGGAAGACCUGGGGACUACAGAAGAAUCAUGGGGUUCAGGCAGGAGGAGUGUUCUCCUGGUGGCUGCCUACUUGAACUCUCCGUGCAGCUAGCAAUUAUAAUGGUUGGGAAGCAAGCCAUGAACACGGUACUAGAAAUGGUCCUGCCUCUACUCUACAAGUGGUACAACUUCCUAACUGUUGGCGAAGGGUUAAGAGAGGCCUAUGUGAAUUGGCCAAGGUGGGCUAAAGAUUUUAGGCUCGUCAAUUUUGAUCCAAGAGGCCUGUUUCCUGAGUAUCUAGAAAUGGUCCUGCAGUAUGGAUUUGUGACCAUUUUUGUGGCCUCUUUCCCCCUGGCUCCAUUCUUUGCAUUCCUAAACAACAUCUUCGAAAUGAGGCUGGAUGCGAACAAGCUGCUCUCACACUUCCGCAGGCCCAUCCCACAGCGAGUCAAGGACAUAGGUGUGUGGUUUAAGAUCCUAGACUCCAUUGGCAAGCUUGCCGUCAUCACCAAUGCAUUCAUCAUCGCGUUCACCUCAAACUUCAUCCCAGAACUAGUCUAUCGCCAUGUUGUUUCCGAUAGAAAUAGUCUUGAUGGAUUUCUUGACUAUUCACUAGCCACCUUCAAAGUGGCAGACUAUCCACCUCACUAUCACCCAGAUAGUCCAACAGCACCUGACUAUUGCAGGUACCCAGACUACCGCCAGCCACCGGAUAGUCCAACUCCGUAUGAUUAUGCACCGAUUUACUGGCACAUUCUGGCAGCAAGACUGGCGUUUGUUGUGGUGUUUGAGAAUGUGGUGUGUGUAAUCAUCAUGUUCAUCAAGUGGGUGAUUCCAGACAUGCCCUUCCGUUUGCAGGAGCAGAUAAGAAGAGAGGCCUACGUGACAAAUGAAAUAAUAGUAGAGCAAGAGUUAAGGAGGGCCAGAGAAGGGGGGGAGGAUCUAUCCGGGACACCCCUCCGCCCCAAUAGGGCUAGGAGGAGGUACCGGGGGGCAUCCUGGGGGGGCCAGCCCUCAAAGGGAGAAGUGGAGGUCUGAAACAAGAGAAAAUGCAGGAAUUUGGGGAAUAAUGGAAGUUUUCAGAAAAGAUAAAAAAAAGAAAAAUCUGUGGAAAAGUUUUUAAAAAUGGAGUUUCUGGAAAAAAAAAGAAAAUCUGGAUUCCUAAAAAAAAGAAAUUUGAAGAAAGGAAUUUUUUGUAAAGUUUGUAAAAGAAGAAAUUUUAUGACAAACAAAAAAAGUUGAGUUUUUUAAAAGAUCAUUUUUGGGAAGUUGCAUUUCUGAAAAAAAAUAUAUAAAGUUAAAAAGAAAAAUGAGAAAAGUUUAUGAAAAAUAGUAGAAAUAAAAAAAUACUAGAUGCAUUUCAGAAAAAAAUCUGAGGAAAAACAGCUUCAAAUAAAUUCUUUUCAAAGGAAGGAUUUGAUGGAAAAUAUUUUUUUAAAUUGUUUUUCAAAAAUAAUUUAAUAUUGUUCUUGUUUUGAGUUUGUUUUGAAAAAAAUAUCUGGAAAUUUGUUUGAAAUUAUGGAAAUUUUUAUUUGAAAGUUUUAAAAGAAGAGAAAAAGAAGUUAACUUAUUAGAGAUGUUUAGAGUGAAAGUUUGAGAAAAUGUGGAAAAAAAUGUAUUGAAAAGUUUUGUGAUAUAUUUUUUUUUAGUUUGAAAGUGAUUUUUUUUAUUUUUUCAGUUUGGAAGUUUGAAAAAAAAAUUUAGUUUGGAAGUUUGAAAAAAUUUAGUUGAAAGUUUGAAUGUUUGAAAAUAAAAAAAAAUAUAUGGGAAUAGAAUUUUUUUUUUUUUCUUUUUUAAGGAAACAAUAAAAUGUAUUUCAUCUUGUAUAGGUUGAGUUCUGAAUGUCAAAUAUUUAGGUAGAAAUUUUUGGGUCAACCUAUUUAGAGUGGUAAGAUUUCUUAGGUUGAAAACUGUGGAAUCCAAACAUGAUGUGAAGGUCUUGCAGAAGCUCUUGGCUUCAGAAACUAAGUAUUUACUUACUGUAAUUAGUAAACAAGAUGAAUCCUUACCAACUACUUAGUAAUGAAGAGAUGUGUUGUGCCUCUAACAGGUGAAGCUCAUGAAUGUAUAAUACUGUACUUUGUUUAACUGUUCAGCACAGUCCAGGAUGCCACAGUACGUAAUCAAAACACUCAUAGAUAGAAAUCAUCAAUAACCCACUGGAGAUUUUCAUAUUCAACAUGCCACAGGUCAGCUUCAAGUGUCUUUGUUUACAUCUGCUGUGUCGCAGUGCUGUGAGUUUGUUUUUUUCCAUGAAAACUUUAAAUUAUUUUUCAGAUUGUUGUACAAUGGGUACUGCUCAUGGUACCACAGUUUAAUAGAUUUAGGUAACAUUGCAAAAAUACUUCACCAAAAAAACAAUAGUACCCAUAACAGUUGUUUUCUUAAUGUUUUGGUUGAAAAGGCAUCAUAAAAAAUUAAUAUAAAAGAAAAACUACAAAUGUUCAGUGUACAUCAUCAGUAUUAUUAAUCACCUAUUAAAAACUAAGUAACUGUACACAACAUGUGCAUAUUGCUAAUGCAAAUUUAUACCCUAUCAAAACUUCAAAACUCACAUGUACUGCUGGCAUUUGUUAUUGUUUUGGAAUCAAAAGAACUUCAUACAGUUUGAAAAUGGUGCAACUUUUCUGAGUAUAUUGAGUAAACAUGAUGUCUUAUCAAUCUAAACAUCACUCUAACCCUUUCACUGCUAUUUGGUACAUCUUUAAUUUAUUACUAACCACUCUGAGACAUCUAUAUUUGCUCUGCAUCCACUUCCAAUCAUUAAACUGACUACAAAUUGCAAAAUCUCUUCUAUGUAAUCCCUUCUUUCUUAUACAUGCUAAUAAAGAUUUCAUACUUUACUUCUAGUGCUGUUAAUUGUAUCAUAUCGCAGUGAAAGAGUUAAGAUGACAGAGAUGAUGAGUACAUACACACAUACCUAAACACACAUUUAGCAAUGCAAGCCAGGAGGCACAAGUGGGCGGAUGCGGAGGUGGAAGCUAAUGUAUGCAUCAAAUACGGUGGCUCAGUACCGCAAAUUAUUCUUUUACAAGUGCAGUGCUCCAAAAGUUAACUGAUUUCUAGAUAGGUAGAUGUUGGAGGUUGUUGCCCCUACAUAUGGUACCAUAAUUAGGUGGUCAAGCUAUAAAUAUGGUACGCCAUAAAUUACUGAUCUGGCCAGAAAUCAAGGCUCAACCUAUACUUGAGCUCCACCAAUACAUGGGGAAAUGUGGUAACUUAGGUUAAAGAUUUUUUUUUCUUGGGGGAAGGGGCUGUUUGAAAAGUGGUGAAAAUUUUUGUUUUAGACAUCAGAUUUUUUUAGGAAUCAAAGAAAAGUUUAGAAUAUUUUUAGGAAAUGAAGUAAAAAAAGAAAAUUGGUUGUGAAAAAAUAUUGAAACCAACGAUAUUAUUAAUGAUGAUAUUGUUAUUAUUAUUAUUAUUAUUAUUAUUAUUAUUAUUAUUGUUAUUGCUACUGAUAUUAUUAUUAUUAUUAUUAUUAUUAUUAUUAUUAUUGUUUGCUCAUAGUAGUAAUAGUUCACUAAUCUCAAAAAUAGUCACUUUUUAAUAGUUAGAAAGUCAUCGUACAAAUUAAAGUUAGUUCUUGUACUAACCACAAAUUGUUAUUAUUAUUAUUAUUAUUAUUAUUAUUAUUAUUAUUAUUAUUAUUAUUAUUAUUAUUAUUAUUAUUAUUAUUAUCACUAAUACAGAUCUGGUCAUUAAUAAUUGUAAGGCUAAAGGAAUCAAACCAUAGAUGAAAUAAUACAUUCAAAACAGUAGACAAAAAAUAAAACAAUAGAUGACAAAACAAUACAUGACACAAAACAAUACAUGACAUAAAACAAUAGACAACACAAAACAGUUAAUCAUACUAUUAAUACAUGGAAGUUGGUUCCUUUAAGAUAUUGUUGUGCAAUUAUUAUUAUUAUUAUUAUUAUUAUUAUUAUUAUUAUUAUUAUUAUUAUUAUUAUUAUUAUUAUUAUUAUUAUUAUAUUGGAAAGCUAGUGAUGGUAUGAGAGAGUUCUUCCUGAUUAGAGUAGGUUUGUGAUCAGGGUUGUGUUAUGGUGGUUCAACUUGUAUGUGGAUGGUGUGGUAAAGCAGAUGAGCAUGAAGGUUUUAGGCAGAGACCACAGUUUGAUCAGUAGGGAGGAAAGGGUAUGGGAUCUGAGUCAUCUACUAUUUGCUGAUGAUACAGUUGAAGUUACAAAGUCUGGUGGAGGAGUUCAGGUGUGUGUCGGAGGAGGAAACUGAAAGUGAAUGUUCAUAAAAGUAACAGGAUGAGAUGCUUGAGAGAGAGAUGAGUGGUGCAAGGAUGGAUGUGAGAUUAAAUGGAGAAGAGCUGAAAGAAGUGGAUUGCUUCAAGUAUUUGGGAUCGACAGUUACAGUGGACAGAAGAGUUAAGACAGGUGAAAUGUAAGGUGAAAGAAGAAGGAAAAGUAAUGGUGGACUGAGAAAGAUCCUUAAAUAUGGGACACUGGGUAUGUGGGAGUUAUAUAACAGAAUAGUGUGUUGCAUCAUGCUGAAACAGGGAACAUGGGAGUACCAGAGAGGAAACUGUUAAAUGUAGUAGAAAUUAAGGUUUUGAGGAAUGCCUGGAGCAACAUGGAGGGACAGAAUAAGAAAUUAAGUAAGAAGAGCUGAUGUCUUGAGAGAAUUGGCUGGAUGGACAGAUCAUUGUGUGUUAAGAAGGUAUGAGCAUGUGGAGAGAAAGGAGCACAGUAAACUAGUAAAGAGAAUAACACAGUGAGAUGUGCUCAGUGAAAGAGGAAGGCCACGUCUGUAGUGGAUGAACUGUGUAAAGAGAGUACUGAAUGAGAGAGGAAUGACUGUACAGCAAGCAAGACCAGUUGUGUGUGAUAGAAGUGAAUGGGGAGCAACAGUGAUGAAUGUAUGAAAAUGAUGCAAUCUUGUUGACCACUGAGAGGGGGUUUGGGCACUCUUGGUGGGGCCCAUUAGCAUAUGGACCCAGUUAGGAUGCUGGGCACUCCAUAAGAUAUAUCCUGCUUCUGCUGUGGUCUCAGUAUUCGAGUAGGUGUGGGCUAGGGAACAGUCUCAUUAUGAAAGGGCAGGGGUAAAUCAGUAUAUGUUGUCAGGCCUUGCUAUGGAUGUGUGUGACCAGCUGUGCUGUGUCUAAGUUCCUGGGGUGUAGUACAGCAGUCCACUGGGAGCCGACAGGCUAAGAGUGGGAAUGAUGUGUGUGGUGCUUGGUUUGAUCCAACCUGUGUGAGAUUGCCAGGCUGGUAUAAAGAUAAUUAGAUGCGUUGAUUAAAAUCUUUGUUAUUAUUAUAAUUAUAAUUAUUAUUUUAUUAUUAUGAUUAUAAAAAAAACAAAUAUAUAUGUGUUUUUCAUCCGUAUUUGUUUGUUUGUUUGCGUGUUAGUUUGUCAGUGUUUGCUUAUUUCUGGGCAGCUUUUAAAAUUUUGUAAGCUUGAAAAUUUUAUCAAACUUUUACGUUUGAGCUUCAAAACUAUCGUCAUUAUUUUUUAUGAUGAAUUUGAUGUACUCAUAGUAUUCAGAAGUCUAUUGUUAUUUUUAUCUUUCUAAGCUUUAUAAUUAUGCUGCAUUUUCUUCUUUUUUUACAUUUUCUUUUCUUUUUUUUAUUUCAAAUAAUUUAUUUAAGGUUGAAAGCUUUAUUGUGUAUUCUUUCCUUUAAGCUUUGGGACUUUUUGGAAAUUUUUCCUUUAAACUACUUUUUGAAAAUUUUCCUUUAAGUUUUUAUAAGAAUUUCCCUUAAGCCAUGUUACUUUUUUAAAUUUUUCAUUUAAGCUUUUGAACUUUUUGAAAAUUAUGCUUUAAGCCUUUUAAGUUUUUGUAUAUGUAAGUUUUGUAACUUCAUUGGAAAAAUUCCUUUAAUCUUUGUAAUCUUAUUUUUUAUUAUUAUUGAAGCUUGAAAAUUUAAUUUUUAAGCAAUUGUUUUAGAAAAAAAAAGAAAAAAAAAGCUUUUGCUGGUGCUACUUAAAAUGAAAAGUGUGUGUAUUGUACUUAAAGGAAUUGAAGCGCAUGAAUAUUGUACUUAUAAGUGUACUUAAGGAAAAUUAUAUUACCUAAACAUUAAGAAAAUAUGUAUUACUACUAAAUAUUAUAUUAGUGUAAAAGUACUUAUUAUUUAUAAGCUAUUACCUCAAACAAUGAUAUUAUUUUAAGCAUCUCUGUUAGUACUAAAAUAUGUUUUACUUGUAAAAAGAAAAUAUGGAGUACUUACGAAUGUUUUAAGUAAAUUGUUUUGUUUUGUUACUUAGAAACUAUUACCUAAAGGAAUUAUGAGUUACUUAGAAAAAAUACAUAUGAAAAUUUAGCCAUUUGUAAAAGUUUUUAUGAGAAAUUUAGUUUCUUGUAAGAAGUUACAUAUGAAAAAAGUUAGUGACUUACAAAAAAAUACUUUUGAAAAAUUGUUACUUACCAAAGUUACUUUUGAAAAAUUGUUACUUAUAAAGAAUACUUAUAAAAAUUACUGAAGAAAAAUUGUUAUAAACCAUUAUCCAAAGGAAUGAGCAAUUAUUCUAACAAAACUACUUGUGAAAUGUUGUAUUAUUUAUAAACCAAUCUCAGAAAAAUGGAAGUUAUUAUUAUUAUUAUUAUUAUUAUUAUUAUUAUUAUUAUUAUUAUUAUUAUUAUUAUCCUUUUUUUUAUUAUUAUUAUUAUUAUUAUUAUUAUUUUAUUUUAUUUUAUUUUUUAUUAUUAUUAUUAUUACCAAUAAAUAUUACAUACCAAAAAAAGUUACUUAUGAAAUAAUGCUUUAGUAUUCUACCAGUUAUUUAAAACACAAAACCUUGAAGGAAUAAACCUAAAACGUAAAGGAGCAAACCAAAAUAAAUUUAUAAUAAUAAUAAUAAUAAUUAUUAUUAUUAUUAUUAUUAUUAUUAUUAUAAUAAUGAUAAUAAUAAUAAUAAUGAUAAUAAUAAUAAUAAUAAUAACAGUAUGAUAAAUCAAUAAAGCAAAAUGUAAAAGAAUGAAUCUCAAGUGCUUUGUGGUAGCUUUACUUUACGAAAGUGUCUGAGCUUGCUAAGUGUACUUAUAAAUGUACCAGUAAAAUAGUUAUCUAGUUACUUAUGAUAAAUAUUUGCUUGUAAAAUACACACACACACAAAUUAGUAUUAUAUAAUAUUAUAGUACUGCUAUUUUGUAUAUGGUUCUUUUGAAAGCUUUGUAAAAAUUUAAAAAUAAAAAAUAUGCAUAAAACUAGGAAUGUCCAAAAAUAAAGAAGGAAAGAAAAGAAAAAAAACAUGGAAAUAUUAUUUAUUAAGAGUUUCUUCCUUUGCAAUGUAACAGUUUCUUUAGAGAACAUUUCCUUUAACCUUUAUUAUCAUUAUUAUUGUUAUUAUUAUUAUUAUUAUUAUUAUUAUUAUUAUUAUUAUUAUUAUUAU